UCAGAGAUUAGAGGCGAGAAGAAGAACCACGAUGUCCAGCAGUGUAAGUGAUGUGCUGAGCCGCGGCAGGUUCAUCCUGACGCAGGCUGCUGGCAGACGAGCGUUGGCGUCCCUCAGGGCCGGCAGAACCAGGACCUUCUCCGCUGCAAGCUCAGAUGAGCCUUACAUCGCUGUGUCACCUGCAGACUCAGGCCCGAGGACCGUGUGGCCGGAUGAAAACAUGGGGCCAUUCGGACCUCAGGACCAGCGCUUCCAGUUGCCCGGCAACGUGGGAUUCGACAGCCACCUGGAUGGGACGGAGGGCCAAAAGAGGUCCCCGGUCCACAAGACGGUGCCGGACGUGCUGACGACUCCCGGCAGCCUGGAGAGACACCAGUUCAUCCUGGCCCAGUUCGUUAACGAGUUCCAGGGAAAGCUGGGCCCCAUGUCCACCAGGGUCAACAAGGCGGAGCAGUACUUCACCCAGACGGACACGGACUGCUCCAUCAGCUCCUGCCCCGAGCUCCUAAGGAAAGAGCUGGAGCUGAUGUUCCCCUCGGCGCCCGCCUUGUCCAUCACGGUCGUCACGGUGACGCAGAGGAGCGACCAGAGGGAAGACGAGGCAGCAGAGCCGGACAGAGGCCAGCAGCUAGAUAAAUUUGUCAGCGGAGCCAAGGAGAUGUGCUUCGCCCUGUGGACCGCGGGCUACUGGGCCGACUUCAUCGACCCCAUGACCGGAGCGGCGUUCUUUGCAUCUCCAUCAAGUCCCGCCGCCCUGCAGACAGACGAGCAGCUCAGACAUCUGGGCUUCCACAUUGAGGUGUCGGGCUCCUGCACCGUCAUCCGCCACGUCCUUGGAGAAGCGCCUUUAUUUGUGGGGACGGUUUUCACCAACGCACCCGCAAACAGUGCUGCUAUCGCCAGACUACAAGGACUGUCCAACGUACUCGAUGAUGAGGAAUAGGCUUUUUUUAAACGUAACUUACCAGGAAAACUGGACGGAAGCGUCUCUUUGCUCUGAAGAUGCUUGAGGCGUGGGUAGACCCGUUUGUUUCAGUUGAGAAGUGUCUUACUGUAACAAGCACGUCUCGUGUCCUCGAGGACUCGACCUGAGACUCCCGCAGACUUCAGCGUCAGACUUUAUCCUGCACUACACCCAGGGACAAACGCACUCGAUCAAGUCUCGAUUUCACAAUGUGAGGAUGAACCUUUAGAAAUUGUUGGUAUUUUUGAGGUUGAUUUUGUUUAUUUAUGAAAUGGAAGCCCUUCACGUGUCUUUUUGCAGCUGGUUAGAACUGGACAUGGUUCAAACAAACUAAACUAUUUUAGCUGUAAUGAGAGCAGGUCAAACACUUCGCAUACCAACAUGCACAGUAUUGUUUUAUUUCACUAUUAUUGAUUCCCUCUUUCAUCUGGAGCACUGAAUGGACAAAAACCCGAUGUUGUUCCCAAUGACGCACCUUAGUGCUAAUAAAAGUGAUUUGUCGUCA